CAAAUAGCGCCAUUGUCACACUGGGCAGCUGUCACUAGCAUCAGUCUGAACGCUGGUGGGGAUAAAACCAGUACAGGAGACAGGAGCCCAGGAGAAAGCAGAAGGAUCCCCGGAAAGAGGAGCCCGGGCUGCAGAGUCAGAAGCGCGUCUAGGUCCGAAGCAGCAGCACCGGCAGCUGGCGAGGGUCAUAUCGGAGCUGGGAUCAUGUUGCUGGGAAAACUGGUGCUGCAUGCUGUCGCCUUGCUUACUGCACCCAAUGUUUGCUUGGCGUAUGUUUUUCAAGCAAAGCGCUCAGGAGACUGGGAUGAAAGCCCGCCGCUUUCCAAAGACCGUAAUGACCGUGUCCCCCCCGAGAGCUUGUGGGUCAGCUCCUCGGGUUCCUGCAAGAACCGCUGCUUCGAGCUGGAAGAAGCGGAGCCUCCGACCUGCCGCUGUGACAACUUGUGCAAGACCUACAAUAGCUGCUGCUUGGAUUUCGACGAGCACUGCUUAAAGACGGCCGGUGGGUUCGAAUGCACCAAGGAGCGCUGUGGAGAGACCCGGGACGAGGCACAUGCCUGUCACUGCUCCGGAGACUGCCUGGAGAAAGGGGACUGUUGCUCCAACUACAGCAUCCUCUGUAAAGGGGACACCCCGUGGGUACAGGACGAGUGUGAGGAGAUUGAGAAACCAGAGUGCCCUGCGGGGUUUGUCCGGCCACCUUUGAUCAUGCUCUCUGUCGAUGGAUUCCGAGCCACCUACCUGCAGAAGGGAAGCACGGUGAUCCCGACCCUGGUCAAAUUGAAAACGUGUGGCACUGCCGCUCCGUAUAUGAGACCUGUGUACCCCACCAAAACAUUCCCCAAUCUCUACACUCUGGCUACGGGCCUCUAUCCCGAAUCGCAUGGAAUAGUUGAUAACUCGAUGUACGACCCCGUGUUUGACGCGAACUUCCUCCUGAGAGGUCGAGAGAAGCUGAAUCAUCGCUGGUGGGGAGGCCAGCCUAUCUGGAUCACUGCUGUCAAGCAAGGAGUGAAGGCUGGGACCUUCUUCUGGCCUGUGGUGAUUCCACUGGAGAGGAGAAUCCUCACCAUCCUGCACUGGCUUCACCUGCCAGAUGAUGAGAGGCCCUAUGUGUACGCAGUCCAUUCUGAGCAGCCGGACACCUUCGGCCACAAGCUGGGGCCGCACAGCAAUGAGCUGAAUAAUCCCCUGAGGGAGAUCGACAGAGUUAUUGGGAUGCUGAUGGAUGGCCUGAAACAAAUGAAUCUACACCGGUGUGUCAACAUCAUCCUGGUGGGAGACCACGGAAUGGAGGAGGCUCACUGCGACAGAACGGAGUACCUCAGCUCCUACCCGGUGAACGUGGAUGAUCUAAUCCUGAUUCCUGGAUCACUUGGACGGAUCCGGGCCCGAAAUCCCAACAGUCCCAACUAUGACCCCAAGGCCAUUGUCGCGAAUCUUACCUGUAAGAAGUCGGAUCAGCACUUCAAGGCGUACCUGAAACAACACCUGCCCAAACGGUUCCACUACGCCAACAACCGCAGGAUCGAGGACGUGCACCUGCUGAUGGAGAAGCGGUGGCAUGUGGCCAGGAAAGUACCAGAAGGCAAAAAGAAUCUUGGUAGAUGUGGUUUCUAUGGUGACCAUGGCUAUGACAACAAGCUCAGCAGCAUGCAGACAAUCUUUAUGGGGUACGGACCAAGCUUCAAAUUCAAGACAAUGGUGCCGGCUUUUGAGAACAUUGAACUUUACAAUGUCAUGUGUGACCUUUUGGGUUUGCAGCCGGUUUCGAACAACGGCACCCAUGGCAGCGUCAAUGGCAUGUUGAGGGACCCCUUCUACACGCCUAUCAUGCCAGAGGAAGUGUCUCCUCCUACCCCAUUGGAGCCGGUCGCCACCUCCAUGGAUGACCUGGGCUGUAGCUGUGUUGAUAAAAAUAAAGUUGAGGAUCUCGAUCAGAUGCUCAGUGAAGAUGAAGGCCGUAAAGACAGUGGGCAGAAUCUCCCGUUUGGUCGACCAGCAGUCCUCUUCCAAGCCAAAUACAGCAUCCUCCAGCACGACGACUUCAUUAGUGGGUACAGUCUGGAGCUGGCCAUGCCUCUGUGGACGUCCUACACUGUUCUGGCAGAUGUUGAUGUUACUCCUCGCCCUGCAUUUGAUACCAGUUGUGUGAGGCCAGAUGUCCGAAUCCCUCCCUUCGAGAGCCAGUCGUGCACUGGCUAUGGCGCUGAUCCGAAGCUGUCUUACAGCUUUCUGUUCCCCCCUGGGCAGGCCUCGUCUCCUAACACCAGACAAGACGCGGUCUUGAUCACAAACACCGUUCCAAUGUACCCUGCAUUUAAGAGGGCGUGGAGCUACUUCCAGGAGACCCUGGUGAAGCGAUAUGCCAGUGAGAGGAACGGGGUCAACAUUGUCAGCGGUCCCGUGUUCGACUACGACUUUGACAGCCUGAGGGACUCCAUGGAGAAUAUCCAACAGUUGGGUGGCGAGUUCCCAGCGAUUCCCACACACUACUACAGCAUCAUCACCAGCUGUCUGGAUAGCACCCGAGCUGCGGACGAGUGCGACGGCCCACUGACCGUCUUCUCCUUCAUUUUGCCACACCGGCCGGACAAUGCCGAGAGCUGCAACAGUGUGGAGGAAGAGUUCAGGUGGGUUGAUGAGCUGAUGAAGGCUCACACAGCACGGGUAAGAGACGUCGAGAUCCUCACUGGACUGGACUUCUACCGGAUCACCAACCGGAGCUACGUGGAAAUCCUCUCGCUAAAGACUUACUUGCACACAUUCGAGGAUGAUAUCUGAAACCUGUCCCGUCACUAGGUGUAUAUUUUUAUAUAGUGUAUUAUGAAUCGAUAGAAUAUUAACUGGCAUUAAAAAUUUUAAUCUUAUGUAGCAAUUUUUUUUUCGCAAAGUAGCUAGAGAAAUACUGUUGUUUUAUUGUUUGUGAUAAUUGUCUCUGUUGUGGGUUGCGUUGUGGUCCUGUCACUCUGUACACUAUUCUGUACACAAUGAAACUGUGUGGUCGUUUUCCAAGGUAUCCUAAUGUGUGAUUCACCAUUAUUGACCUCUACGUCAUGUGACGAUCAGUUAAUUACACUGCAAUAAACCAAUAUUUUUACCCA